AUGCUGCGCUGGGGCAUCCUCGGAACGAGCUUCAUCUCGCACACCGUCGUCAAAUCCAUCCUCGCCAGCCCCAACUCACGCAUCACCGCCGUCUUUGGCCGUAACCAGGCCCGUCUCGACGAGUUCGCCGCAAAGUACGACAUCGCCACCAAGUACCAGGACCUGGACGCUCUCCUCGACGAUGCCGAGGUCGACGUCGUUUAUGUCGGCCUUCCCAGCCACAUGCACUCUUCGGCGGUGAUUGCCGCUGCGAAGAAGGGCAAGGCGAUUCUCUCGGAGAAGUCGCUGGCAACGACGAUGGAGGAUUCACAUGCCAUGAUUGCGGCUGUGAAGGAGGCCAACGUCUUCUUUCUCGAGGGCCUCAUGUAUCUCUGCCACCCGCUGAUGGAGAAGGUCGCCUCCAUUGUCAAGUCUGGCAUACUCGGCAACAUCAAGGGCAUGUCCGGCUACUAUGCUGCCAACAUCUGGAAGAAGGCCAACCCACUAGGCAUGGGCACCAUUUACAACCUGGGUUGCUAUCCAGUCUCUCUUGUUCACUUUAUCAUGGAGACCGCAUACGGAUCCGGAGCAUUCGAGAAGCGACAAGUCACCGGUCUGGGCAAUCUUUUCAAUGAAGGCAGCCUGCAUGCCCGUGAUGCAUCUCUCAACGUCCGCUUCGACAACGGCGUCCUGACCACGAUCCAGUCGACCGACAGCUUCGGCAACGACUUUUCCUUUUCUAUCCAGGGCGACAAGGGUGUGCUGCGAUUCAAGACGAAUCCCUGGCUGCCGCUGGCGGGUGACAACAUCAUGGAGCUCAAGAUCUAUGGUGGAGCCACGGAAGAGAUUGUCGUUCCGGCCCUGAUGGACGCUUUUGGACACCAGGUGAAGCGCGUCGAGGAUUGCAUCGCACAGGGCUUGAAGGAGGCUCCCAGGCCGUCACCGAGCUGGGCGAAUUCUGUCGAGAUUAUGAGCCUACUGACUGAGUGGGAGGCUGACAUUAAGAAGCGGGCUUAG